CGGACUCUGGCACCCACCUGAGCCCGAUGAGGAGCUGGGGCUGCGUGUGAACCUAUGCAGACCAGGAAGAAAUACAUUUUCCUGGCUUUCCUGGCCUCUUGGCUCCUGCUUUUCCUCUUCGGAGGGGACCAGCUGCGCCGUUUCGCUUUGUUUUCCGCCAGGAAAGCAGAAGCCCCGAGGAGCUGGCCCCGCUGGACGGAUCGGUCCCUCCUCAGGAGCUUUGCGGAGCCCGAGGAGCUGCAGAGGGAUGGGGACCCUGCCCCGCUGUCCCCCCGGGAGAGGCGGGCGGCCUGGCUGAGCGCCCACAGGAGCAGCAGGUGCCGCAUGGAAAGCUGCUUCGACCUCUCCCGGUGCGAGAGGAACGGCUUCAAGGUGUUCACGUACCCCCAGGAGCGGGGCCAGCCCGUCUCGGACACCUACAGCAAGAUCCUCAGCUCCAUCGAGCGCUCGCGGUACCACACGGCGCGGCCCGAGGAAGCGUGCCUCUUCAUCCUCAGCGCCGACACGCUGGACCGCGACCGCCUCUCGCAGCACUACGUGCGCGACCUGGAGGGCAAAAUCCGCAGCUCCCCGCUCUGGAACGGCGGCCGCAACCACCUCAUCUUCAACCUCUACUCGGGCACCUGGCCCGGCUACGGCGGCGAGCUGGGCUUCGACCCCGGGCUCGCCAUCCUGGCCAGGGCCAGCUCCGACAGCCGCACCUUCCGGCCCGGCUUCGACGUGUCCAUCCCCCUGAUCCCCCGGGAGCACCCGCAGCGCGGCGGGCACCGCGGCGGGCUGGCACGGGUGCCCCCCAAGAGGAGAUUCCUGCUGGCGUUCAAGGGCAAGCGGUACCUGACGGGCGUCGGCUCCGGCACCCGCAACGCGCUGCGCCACAUCCACAACGGGCACGACAUCGUCUCUCUGACCACCUGCAGGCACGGCAAGGACUGGCACCGGCACAAGGACACGCGCUGCGACCGGGACAACGCGGACUAUGAGAGGUUUGACUACCAGGAGCUGCUGCACAACUCCACGUUCUGCAUCGUGCCCCGGGGCAGGCGCCUGGGCUCCUUCCGCUUCCUGGAGGCUCUGCAGGCCGCCUGCAUCCCGGUGCUGCUGAGCGAUGGCUGGGAGCUGCCCUUCGCCGAGGCCAUCGACUGGGGCAAGGCUGCUGUGGUGGGCAGCGAGAGGCUCCUGCUGCAGAUCCCCUCUGCCGUGCGCUGCAUCCGCCCCGAGCGUGUGCUGGCCUUGCAGCAGCAGACGCAGUUCCUGUGGGACGCCUACUUCUCCUCGGUGGACAAGAUCGUGCACACCACGCUGGAGAUCAUCCGGGACCGGCUGGAGCCGUUCCGCUCCCGCUCCCGCCGCCUCUGGAACGCGCUGCCCGGGGGGCUCCUGGUGCUGCCCGAGUUCUCCACGCACCUCGGGGAUUUUCCCUUCUACUACCUGCAGCACGGCUACAGCCCCUCCAAGAAGUUCACGGCUUUCAUCCGGGCGGUCUCGCAGGCAGGCUCGCUGUCCCAGCCCCUCCUCAGGCUCAUCCAGGCCGUGUCUGGAUCCCAGUACUGCGCCCAGAUCGUGGUGCUGUGGAGCUGCGAGAAGCCGCCGCCCCCGAGCGGGAAAUGGCCCCAGAGCAGCGUGCCCAUGAAGAUCAUCCAGGGCAGGAGGAAGCUCAGCGACCGCUUCUUCCCGUUCGGGGCCAUCCAGACGGACGCGGUGCUGAGCCUGGACGAGGACACCAGCCUGUCCACCAGCGAGGUGGAUUUUGCCUUCUCGGUGUGGCUCAGCUUCCCCGAGCGCAUCGUGGGCUUCCCCACGCGGAGCCACUUCUGGGACGCCGAGCGGGGCCGCUGGGGCUGCACGUCCCGCCGGACCAACGAGGUGUCCAUGGUGCUCAGCGCCGCCGCCUUCUACCACCGGUACUACCACAGCCUCUUCACCGAGCACCUGCCCGCGGGCCUGCGGGAGCUGCCGGCCUGCCAGGACGUGCUGCUGAACGCGCUGGUGGCCGCUGUCACCAAGCUGCCGCCCCUCAAGGUGACCCAGCGCAAGCAGCACGAGGAGGGGGCGGCCCGGCGGGCGGGCUGCGGCGAUGAGGGGGCUGCGGGGAUCCCCCCGGGCCCGCCCCCCGCUCCGGCCGGGGCUCGGGGCACGGAGGGCGGCCGGCGGCUCGGGCAGGGCCGGGACUGCCUGAACCAGCUGGAGAACUGGUUCGGCUACAUGCCCCUGGUGCCCUCCCGGCUGCGCCUGGACCCCGUCCUCUUCAAGGACCAGGUGUCGGUGCUGCGCAAGAAAUACCCGAGCCUGGAGAGGCCGUGA